ACCAACAACGCCGCAAGCACUUCCACCCCUCCGCCUGCGCUCUUCUUCUGCUCGUCUGUUUCCUGCUCUCGAGGAGGUUUUUUCUUGCUGUUCUUAGUUCUGUCUCUCUUUGCUUUCGCCGCGCGGAUCCGCGCACCACCGUCACCAUGGACAUGAACAAUUUUAUUGGCCGGCGAUUCAACCUCAUUUCGAUGAGCGAUAUUCGCUAUGUUGGUACUCUGCACGACAUCAACCCAGAGGCUUCGACUAUUGCCCUCGAGAACGUCGUAUCGCAUGGCACUGAAGGCAGGCGCGGCAAUACGUCUGACGAGGUUCCUCCAACUAGUUGUGUUUACGAAUACAUUGUUUUCAGAGGCAGUGAUGUGAAGGAUAUCAAUUUUGCCGACAAUGAAAAGGAGAACCAGCCUCCAGAGCAACCGCAGGUGCCCAAUGACCCUGCUAUACUAGGUACUACUGCUCCUCCACGUCAGGCCCAGGCGCCGGCAGCCGCUCCGGCUCCUGCUCAGGCUGGCCGUGGUCAGCCAGCCCAAGUUCCACAACAACCCCCUCGACAGCAACCACCGCCUCCUGGAUAUCCCCAGCAACCUCCAUAUCCCAAUUAUUAUAAUCCCUAUGGGCAGCAGUUCCGUGGUCCUCCUGGUGGCCCUCCCGGAUUCCCUGGUGCACCUGGCCCUGGCCCUGGCUUCCCAAACAUGCCUUAUGGACAGCAAGGAUGGUAUCCUCCCCCAGGCCAAGGCUUUCCACAGCAACCAGGCCCGUUCGGACACCCUCAGAUGCCAAUUGGCCCUCCACGCGGACCACCUGGACAGCAGCAGCAGCAACCCCCGCAGCAACAACCACAAUCGCAGCAACAUGGUCCAGAUGGAGCCCCAGCCUCUCAGAGUACCCAAAUGCCAACUUCUGAACUCCCUGGUGGUGAAAAGGCCCCGAAGAAACCUACAACCCCUGCUCCGGCAGUUGCUGCGCAGAAGGAAAGCCAAAAACCUCCCCAACCCAAACCAGAGGCUUCCCAGACUCAAAAGCCUGCCCCCGCCAAAGCUCCCGCACAAACCAUCUCUGAGGCAACUGUAGUUGCCAAGAAUGAACGAAUUGUUCCCGCUGUGCCUGUUGCUGUACCACUAAAGCCCGCUGUUCAGUCCACUGCAUCAGGUAGUCAGCAGGGAAACCGAGCUCCUCCAAACGCGAUGGAGGAGGCAACUCGAACUGCUACUGCUGCCGUCGCCGCUGCAAUGGCAAAGCUACCACAACCUGCUGGAUCCCAGCAGCAACAGCAGCAGCAACAACAACAACAACCCACUAACGGCUCUUUGGAGAGUGUUACUAAGAAAAUAAAUGAAAUGCGACCAUUUGAUGGCGAACGUCAACCAAGAGGCGGUCACCGUGGCCGUGGAGGCCAUCGUGGUCACCAUCACCAUCACCAACAGGUUAAAAAGAUCGAAGUUCCCGCUACUGACUACGACUUUGCAUCCGCGAAUGCCAAAUUCAAUAAACAGGAUCUCGUUAAGGAGGCUAUCGCUUCAGGAUCUCCAUUACUUGAAGCUGAAGGAAAGGCUCAUAGUGCCACUUCAGAGGCCAAUGGAGUGGAAGGUGGUGAUAUUUCCAGUGCUGCAUCUGGCCAUGCUACCACUCUUGUAUAUGACAAGACCUCUUCCUUCUUCGACAACCUAUCAAGCGAGAUGCGUGAUAGGGAAGAAAACGCCCGGAACAAGACCAGUGGCCGUGAAUGGCGUGGGGAAGAAGAAAAGAAGAAUAUGGAGACUUUCGGACAAGGUAGCGUCGAUAGUGGAUAUCGUGGCCGAGGUCGUGGCCGCGGACGAGGCUACGGUGGACGAGGCAGAGGCUACAAUCGUGGCUAUGGAGGUGGACGCGGUAGAGGUGGUUUCCGCAAUGGACGAGUUGCUGCUGAGUCUACGGGAGUUCCAUCCGCCUCAUAAAUAGGAUACAAUUCUUUAACACCGAGGUCUUCAUGGGGCUUCUUUUUCAUCCUCAUACUCUCACCCUCGGUCCCUCUUGAUGUGUCUUCCUCAAAUUGGCCCUGCGCCUACUUUGAAUACCCCUACAAGUUUCAAUCUGCUCUUUUUGUAGCGAAAGAAUGAUAUCACGCCCUACCCCCCUUGGUUUGGUCUGGGUUGGUAUGCGCAAAUCAGCGCGCAUUUCUCUUAACUGCCUUACCGUCCCCUUUUCUUUUUUCUGCAUGGCGCAUUUGGUGGGUGUCUCUUAUGGAUUUUAUUCAAGGUUGGCCAGGUCAAUGAAUGAUGCCACUGAAAAUGAUCGUACCGUUGUUUCCUCUCCUUCCUUCCCCAUUUCAAUCUUCUUUCCAAUCAUCCAACCCUCACAAGAAAAAAAAAAUCCCAAUAAUAUGCAAUCUCUGCUCUGGCAUUUGUUACCUUCUUUUCUCCCUCAACACAAGACCAUCCUCUGUCUAUGCUUUGGUCGACUUCGUCACGAGCUAUCCCCUACUUUUCCUAUCUCAUACGGACAACCUUUUCUACUUUUGAUUUCGAUUCUGUCUAGAUAUAAGAUGCUUCAUCCACAGACAUCUAGCAGUGGACACCGGAGAUAGCCUGUAUCAUAUCCAGGGGCUCAAUACCGCCUACACAAAAAUAACAAAAGACAAAGACACAGCCUAUCGGCUUCUUUGCACCUCUCGCCCUCU